CCAGUGCUCCCUGCCUGCCUGCCGUUGUUCGGGGCUGACACCAGCUCUCCCAACCUCCCUGGUUUGCCCUGGUCCCAUUGCCAGGGUGGGUGCUGGUGGGGAUGCGGAUCCCACACCCUGCCCUGUCUGGGCACACCGGAUCCACUCUCGCCCGCCCCCCAGCUCACCUGGCCGGAGCCCUGGAACCACCAGCAUGGCAGUGAGCUGGGCCCACGUCAGGCUCUGGGGUUGGGACUGGUCCUGGGAGCGCUGCACAGUCCCACCAGUGUCUCCUCCACCCAGAGGACUCGCUGUUGGGCAGCUGGGGCUGACAGUAUGCCGUCUCCGCCAGUGUGGCUGCCACUGUCCCCACUGAGCAGCCUGGGGAAACCGAGGCACACGAUGGCUGGAGGGGCACCAGGGGGAGGAGGCCCUAGGAGGGUGAGGUGGGCUGCAGGGUCCCCUGCACUGCACCAUGAGGGGGGCAGGCGGCCAGGCCCCCCCCCGAGGCAGCUGACAGCAGCGAGAGCCGGAGGUGCAGGAGCAGGAAGGUCAGGGAGAGCGGCUGGGCCCCGUGCCGGGGGAUUAGCACUGUCCUUGCUGUGUCACGCAGCCCCCGGGCCCAUCUCCGGCCUAAUCCCCUCGCCCUGGGCAGCUGGCCGGCACCAGGCAGGGGCAGCCAGCCCCCCCCCCCGGCCCCCCCCGGCCCGGGGGGGCAGAGCUGCCCCUUCGGCUCCACCACACCUCUUGGGGGACUCCGUCCCUCAGCAGGGCACCCAGCCUGGCUAGGCCCUGCUACAAAAUGGGAAAGAAGGGGUCAUGGUGCCCCCGCUACGGGCAGGGCUAGGAGCCAGCAGGGAAACUGAGGCACCGGGGUCGGCAGCUUGCAGUGCCACACUAGAGCCAUGCCAUGGCUGUGGUGGUGCAGGCAGGGGCUCUGCGCACCAGGGCGCAGCGGGCAGAGGUGCCCGCUGGUGGCACUGAGGCACAAGGUGCCUGAAACCCUCAAUUUGCUGAGUCCCAUGGGAUUCUGGGGUGGGCAGCACGUGCCUGUGGGGCAGCCCGGCCCCUGUGGCUGAUCCUAGCCCACCACGUGCCAGGGUGGCAGUGCCAGCACAGCCAGGGUGCCCGCUGCGCCCUGCCACUUCACCCCUGCCACUCUCCUUUCCCCGCAGGGUGCCGGCCCCGCAGGCAGCCGGUGACGCAGAAUGGUGCUGGCGCUGGCGCUCUGGGCCUGCCUGGCGCUGGGUACAGUCAGUGGGGAAAGCCCAGCACCGGAGCCCCUGGCGGGUGGCCAGCCCUUCACUGUGGUGUGGAACAUCCCCACCGGCCGCUGCCAGCGCUGCUUCGGCGUGGGGCUGCCCCUCAGUGACUACGGCAUCGUGGAGAACCAGGACGGCCGCUUCGCCGGCCAGAACAUCACCAUCUUCUACAAGAACAAGUUUGGGCUGUACCCCUACCUGUCGCAGCAGGGCAUCCCCCGCAACGGGGGCAUCCCCCAGCGGGUCCCACUCAGCGCCCACCUCGCCAGGGUGGCCGGGGACAUCCGCCUCCUCCUGCAACAUGCUUUCCGUGGCCUGGCUGUGGUGGACUGGGAGGAGUGGAGGCCCCUCUGGGCCCAGAACUGGGGGGCCAAGCGGAUCUACCGGGUGGCCUCGGAGCAGUGGGUACGGGACCGGCACGGCCUCCUGCCGGCACGGCGGCGGCUCCGGCUGGCCCGGCGGGAGUUUGAGCAGGCGGCGCAGACUCUGAUGGAGGAGACCCUGCUGCUGGGACGGACCCUGCGCCCGAGGGGGCUCUGGGGUUUCUACCGCUUCCCCGACUGCCUCAACGGCAACUGGGCCAAGGAGGCCAACUACACCGGGCAGUGCCGGCCGGCGGAGGUGCAGCGCAACAACCGUCUGGGCUGGCUCUGGGCCGCCUCGGCAGCCCUCUACCCCAGCAUCUACCUGCCGCCGGCGCUGCCGCCCGCCCUGCGCCGCCGCUACGUGCACCACCGGCUGCGCGAGGCCCUGCGCGUGGCCGCCUUCGGGGCCGACGGCCUCCUGCCCGUGGUUGCCUACUCCCGCCUCUCCUUCCGCCGCUCACACAGAUUCCUGGAGCUGGCUGACCUGGUGCACACCAUCGGCGAGAGCGCGGCGCUGGGUGCGGCCGGACUCGUGCUCUGGGGAGACCUGUCGUACUCCCGCUCGGCUGAGAGCUGUGCCAGCCUGCGCCACUACCUCACAUCCACCCUGGGUCCCUACGUGGCCAACGUGAUGGCAGCAGCCCGGGAGUGCAGCCACGGGCAGUGCCACGGGCAUGGGCGCUGCGUGCGCCGGCAGCCCCAUGACCUGGGCAGCCUCCUGCACCUUGGCCCCAGCGCCAGCCCACCGGCCUCUUUCCGCUGCCACUGCUACCGCGGCUGGACCGGCGAGGGCUGUGCCCAGCGGGUCCAGACUGGCCCUGCUGCCUCCUGCUUGGCACCCACCCACGCUCAUGGCCUCUACGGGCAGAAUGAUCUCCCACCCUCCGACACCUGCCUGCCACGGGGCACGUGGGGCUGGUGA